AUGGAUGGGAAGAAUGAUGGCUCACAAGACCAAGCUCCAACUAACCAAAAACUAGAUCUUUGGCUGGCUGAUUCCCCCUUCCUAGAUUCAGCAAACCCAGGAAACUUGGAGGCCGCCACCUCUUAUACGUGUCCCAUAUGUGGGGAAAUGAUGAUUUCACUAGGCCAAUUGAAUCGACACAUCGAUGAUCUGCACAGCCCCAAAUCAGACACCAUGUCAGAUAUAAACGACUCUGAUUCUCCGAGGGCAUUUUUGAAAGAAAAAAACGCAAGCUCCAGUCAUCUGACGCCGCAGAAACGGAGCCUAAAGCUUGAACUUCACGAACAUUCCUCGCGAUUCAGCCUUAGCGAAAAUGGCUCUAAUGCUGACUCCCUAGAUCCUGUGAAGUUGACACGCUCUCACUGGAAGCACGUGUCACAAAAGGGCCCCCAGACCUGUGCUGCACCGGUUUGCACAAGCAUUCUAAAUGUGAGGAAUGGCAUCGUGAACUGCCGCAAGUGUGGCAAUCUUUUCUGUAACCAGCACACAAGAUUUCGGGCCCGUCUUAAUAACGGACAACAAGAUCCCCGCUCUAAAAUUGUACUUCCUGUUUAUGACUCGAAAAAAGGCGUAAUGGCUAAAGUAUGCCAGGGCUGUUAUAUGGCCAAACCAGGGGUGAAAUUAGGCACGCAAGUUUAUUCCGUGAAUCUCACGGACGAGUUUAUGGCCAAGAGACGCCGCACUAUUGACGAGAAACAAUUGGCCCGCAGUAUGAUCCACUCAAGGUUUCUCAAACUAGCUGAUUUGCACUCGCAGGGUUAUUUGUACCAUUUGCAGAACGAGAAAAACUUACUACUGUAUUUCGGGGCGCUUUCGAAGACAUCGCCAUUCUCAAAAGAGCGCAUUUUGGAGGCAGAAAAGGAGAUUGUGGGUGUGGAGAAUUGGCAGCCCGACGAGAAUGUCUCUCAUUGCAAGCUCUGUUUUGAGAAAUUCAAUUUUUUGGUCAGGAAACACCACUGUCGGCUUUGCGGUAGCGUGGUGAAUGACGGGAUCUUUGAUGUGGAUGGCCAUGCAGAACUAUGUUCGGUGCAAGUGCCCAUGGGUCUACUUCUAGCAAAACUAGACAUGUUGAAUUACUCACCGGUGGUGAAAUCCAAUUGGGACACACUUGUGCUCGCAGAUCUGCACGCCGCCUCCACUAGCUUUUCUAUUCGAGUAUGCAAAACAUGCAAAAACUCGCUUCUCCAUUCACUGCAUGUGGAAGCACAGGAGGGAGAUCAAGUAGUGGCAGACGUACUUGAUGCGUAUGACCAGAUGUUGAAGAUCAAGGCCACUAUUAUCAAUUCCAUGGCCCGGUAUCACAUGCUUGUCCGAGAAAACAAAGAGGCGCAAAACCACCAGACCAACAAGUUACGGGUGCGCUUGCGGAAGGCGGUGAAGGAUCUCGAAAUUAUGGUGAAUUCCUUCAUGAACCGGUUUUUCGCGGUGGAUCCCAAGCUGAAAAAGUUGAAGCCCUUGCACAACGCAAGGCUCGUAACAAAUAUCUACAAGGCUCUGGCUGCGUACUUACAGGAGGUGAUCUUGGAGCUCAAGGACCUAAACGACAGUUUCCAGAGCGCAGAAAAUCAGAAGUUGGCCGGCCAACUAGGCGCUUUUGCGAGCACUGACAGUACAUCAAUAUCGAACUCACUGCUCUCGACAACUGUGCUGCCUGUACCUACUCCAAGACUCACGAAAAAGCAAAUUAGAGAGUUGCGCGAGCAACUCAUGGUGACAACCGAACAACGCUUCAUCAUCGAGAACUUGAUAGAGGACGUGAAGCGACAAAGAAAGUUUGAUGAGUUGAUUACGUUGGAAGAAAACAAGAAGGAGCUUUCCGCGAAGAUUGAUGAAUUGAACGGAGAGCUCGGCGAGUUUGCCUUUUAA